GUUUGUGUUUUGAAAGGUUGGCGACACUUGCCGCAUGAACUUGUCAACACGUGUUGAAAGUGUUUUAGUAGCAAAGUUUUUUCAAAAAUACGCAAAGAAAAAGUGUAAAAACUCUGUAAAAUGUCUGUUUUACAACGUGUGGUGAAACCCACCACACAUAAGGGCAAGAAGAUCCUUCUCAAGAAGGAACCUCAACUGAUUGAGGGACCUAAGAAGACAAUUUUCUUUAAAGGUCGCAAAACUUCUGACAAAAUCAGGCACGUUUUGAAAGAUAUGUACGAUUUGAAGAAGCCAGAUGGAGUUAUGUUAACUAAAAGGAAUGACAUUACCAUAUUCGAAGAUGUAACACCAGUAGAGAAUUUUUGUAGAAAACACGAAAGUUCUUUGUUUGUAAUGGGAAGUCACAGCAAAAAGAGGCCCAAUAACAUAGUUAUUGGGAGAACUUUUAACUAUGCUUUAUUAGAUAUGAUAGAACUUAAUGUUGAAGCCUAUGAAGGUCUGAAGGCUUUUGAAAGUUCAAAGAUUUUAUUAGGUGUAAAGCCUUGUCUAGUAUUUAAUGGUCCACUGUGGGAGGAAUCAGAUGAAUUGAAGCAUCUGAAAUCAAUUUUUAUUGACUUCUUUCACAGGGAAAGUGUAAAUGCUGUAAGGUUGCAAGGCAUCGAACAUUCCAUUAGUUUUAAUGCUAUGCCCGAUGGAAGAAUUUGUCUUCGAUCAUAUAAAAUUGCUUUGAAAAAGUCUGGAUGUAGAAUUCCACGUGUGGAGCUGGAAGAAAUAGGUCCCCGCAUAGAUUUUACAUUGAGACGUACCAAAUUACCUACUCCUGAACUGAUGAAAGAUGCUUGCACCAAACCAAAAGAACUGAGGGUUACUAAGAAGAAGAAUAUCAGUACUGAUAAUCUUGGUAGUACCCACGGAAGAAUUCAUAUGGGUAAACAAAAUAUUAAUAGUAUCCAAACCAGAAAAAUGAAGGGUCUGAAAAAGACAGCCCAGGAACGAAAGAUUGAGAGAACUGCCAAAAGAAAAGCCCUCACAGAGAGUAACGAAUUGAUAAAAAAGAAAAAGGUUCAUGAUGAUUAGUUGUUAAGUGAUUAUUACAAAGUAAUUUUUAAAGUUUUUGAUUUUAAAGAAAGGCAUUUAAGACUAUUUUAUAGUAGGUAAUAUCAUACCUAUUUUUUAAGGAAUGUGAUAUUUGUAUAUCAGAUUUUUAAAUGCUUUUUUUUAAUCCUUGUACAUAGUAUUUAGGUGCAGUUAAGUUUAUUUGUAUAUGAAUCGCAAUAGGUACUUUUAAGAACAUACUUUUAAUUUUCAAAAACUAAGUUAAAAUCAUAUUCAGUCUAUUCACUGAUACUACGUAUUAUCUACAGUAUGUCCCAGAUUGUCCUUACAAGAGGAAAGACUUUUAUUAAGAAUGAAUUUUUCGAAAAAAAAAAUCUUUAUAACAAAAAGGUUUUUUUCUCUUCUUUUUUUUUUCCUUUUCUAAAGACAAUCCAGGGCCAUACUAUAUGAUGAGAAAAUUACACAAAUCAAUCAUUACAAAAACACUUCUUUUAAACUAAACGUCACAAUAAAUUGUCAGAAAUGGAGGAAUAGGAAUAAAUAACUAAAUGAAAUAGGACUACUAUGUCUGUUCAUACUUUUUUUUAGAUUUAUUUAUUUUAAUUAGCUCAAAUAAUUAAUUUUAAAAACAGUAUGAACACUGAUAAUGGUCCCAUCCUAUCUAAUUUUCUGUUCCAAUUCCUUCAGUUCUGCCAAUUUAAUGUUACGCUCAGUACCAAUGCCAAUCAAUCUUUUUGGUUAGUAAGACGAGAGUUUAAAAAGUGUUUUGAUGUACAAUGUAGUCUGAUUUGUGUGAUUUUCUGUUUUAAUUCCUUUUUUUUUCUUUUUUUGAUAGAAAAAAUAUUGACUGGUCUGUAUAAUUCAAAUGUAUACAUUUGGUCAACUACUUAAAAAUCUUUAUUGUUUCAUACGCUAUUUUUUGACAAUAAAGCAAGUUAUUUUUAA